AUCUAUUUUUUUCAGAUAUAAGACAUAUGUUUCUACUAUACUCUUAAGAUGAACACACUUCUCACUUAUGUCCUUAACGAAGAAUGUCCUUUAUUUCCAAGCUGGGGUUGGAGUUCUAGCCAAUAUGUUUCUCUUUUUCUUCUAUAUUUUCAAAAUCUUAGGUCACAGACCUAAAUCCAGGGACUUGAUCUCCUGUCAACUGACCUUCGUUCACAUAAUGUUGGUCCUUAGUGGAGGGGACAUUUGGCUUACAGACAUGUUUGAGUCACUGAACAUUGAGAAUGACUUCAAAUGUAAGGCAACGUUUUACAUAAACAGGGUGAUGAGAGGCCUCUCCAUUUGCAUCACCUGCCUCCUGAGUGUGUUCCAGGCCGUCACUAUCAGUCCCAGUACCUCUGUGUUAGCAAAAUAUAAACAUAAACUAAAAAAAUACAUCAUCCAUGCUCUCUUAUGUAUUUGGUCUUUCAAUUUGUCAUUCAGUAGUAACCAGAUUUUCUAUGUUGGUGGUUUUACCAAUGUGAGUGAGACCAAACACAUGAAGGUCACUAAAUACUGUUCACUCUUCUCCAUGAACUCCAUCAUCAGAGGAUUGAUUUUAAUACUGACAACCUCCAGAGAUGUAUUUCUUGUAGGAGUCAUGCUGACCACAAGUACAUACAUGGUGAUUCUCUUGUUCAGACAUCAGAAGAAAUGCAAGCAUCUUCAUAGCAACAGCCACCUGAGAGCAUCCCCUGAGAAAAGGGCCACAAAGACCAUCUUGCUGCUGGUGGUUUUCUUUGUGGUCAUGUACUGGGUGGACUUCUUCAUCUCAUCCACCUCAGUCCUGCUAUGGAUGUACGACCCAGUCCUCCUGACUGUUCAGAAGUUUGUGAUGAAUGCCUAUCCCGCAAUUACUCCUUUGGUACAAAUCAGUUCUGAUAGCAGAAUAAUCAAUGUGCUGAAAAAACGUGCAGUCGAAGCACUACCAGAUUUAAAAAAAAAAUAA